AUGACAAAGAAGAGCAGUGAAGGCUCCUUAAAUGGCACUGGAUUUAUGCUGGCGAGGACCUCACUGGAGCUCAAUGAGGAGGAUCCAUUAGAGGUCCCUGUAAACAAGAGAGACGGGGUCAAUAGUCCACAAAGUGUCAGCGAUUACUUAAAAGCCAAAUCCUCCAAUAGCAUUGAAGACGAGGUAGAAGUAGAAGUCACUCCUAUGUCCCAGGAGUUGGCGCAAGACUUCAAUUGUCACGCGGGCUCUCCGUGCAUGCUGCUUGAGCAGAGUCCUAAGGUUGAGCAGUAUAGAACUUCCAAAUGUGAAGCAACAGAACAGAGGUAGGAUUCAAGAAGUGGAAACAAGAGGUACGUGCAUGUUUAUAUGCUAACUCUUGGGAAGGGGGGGGUAAAUUUUUUUCAUUUUUUUCUGUUAAAUGCAUGAAACCUUUAUCAGAAGGUUGAGGCAGAGGGGAACAUGUAAUGGAUUGUAACAGGAGAAAUAUAUACACAAUGAAUCAGACAAAGAUUCGAACCCGUGUACCCUGAAUGUCCAGUCAUAUCUACUGACUGAGCUUUCUGGCUUCAUGGGUCACAUCCAUCUGCCUGCCAAAGCCCUUCCCCCUUAAGGUUUUCAGACCUCAUAGACAUCAACCCUGGGGUCUUUCCUGACUAUUCCAAGGCCUGCUCACAGUACCAAACAUAACGGGAGGGGAAGAAAAUGUAAUGAACCAGACUGGGAAUUUAAGGCAGUCUUAAUUUCCAGUCAUUUAAUUGCUUUACCCUCUCAGCAGUCUGGUGUCUGGCAACCGAACCUGCCUCAUUGCCACAAGUUGAAAUUUCAGUAACUCAUAUUUAAUUACAUGUACUCUUAAAAUUUAAAAUUACAUAAGAAGGGGGGCUGUUUUAAAUGGCCACUUUAA